AUGAUUACCGACGGAAGUGCACGUGUUCCGGUGAGACGCAGACUUUUCCUGAAAGUGACACGUUGAUCGGAAAGAGCAUUGAGAUCUCUGCUCCUACUUUUUCUUUCUUUCUCGUCUUCUCUCCCUCGUUUUUGAAUAGUUAACUAUGCAGAGAACAAGAUUAGGAGCAGCCUUCCCCUCGCUCGGCUCUUCUUCUUUUUCCCAUUCACAAAUGCACAAUCUACCCUCCGCCAACGAGAAGUACUACUUCGAGAUACUUAAAAGUGCCCAGAAGACAGAAAUGCUCCACUUUUUGAUGGAUGGCUUCCGGGUCGAUGAGUCACUGAACAGAGUGAGUUGAUUGCACGUCGUUUUGAAAACAUGUGUUUGAGUUGUCAGGCCUCCAAAAUCACUUGCGAAGAGAUUGAAAAGUGUUUGAACGGAGCAUUGGACAGAGCCUUGAAAGCAGAAUGCUCAAUUCUCGCGAGAUCUCAGGGUGAGCUGACAGGAACCAAGUUGUGUUGAAGCCUUUCCAAGUUUUGCAGAGAGCCACGAAAUAGUCGGAUGCAUGCUGAGUUCCGUGUGGCGAAGAGAUGAAUCAUUGAGCACGCCGGAGGGAGAAGACAAAGACUUUGAGUUCCGUUCGGUUCGAAAGGAAGUGGCCAUGGUGGGCGAAAUUCUGAACGAACUGCACGAGAGCUUCUGGAGUCUCCGGCCGGAUCACGAUGUCGUUCUGCAUUUGUGAGAGGGAAAUGUGCAUACUGUCAAAGAACAGCUUUGUUUCAGUGAGAUCUCAUCAGUGAGCAAGAAGCACAGGAGACAAGGACUCGCAUCAAAAUUUAUGAAUUGGACAGAAAGCAAAGAACUGCUAAAAGUAGGAGAAUUACUUUUUCGGUCGGCACAGGAUAACUGGAAUUUCAGAGUCUCGAAGCGACUGGCAUUGUGACGGAAGCUUCUUCUCUGGCAAAUCAAGUACUGCUAUCAAAACGGAAUUAUAAGGUACAGAAUACUCAUAGAUAUGUAUGCAGAGUCUAAUACAAUUUCAGACCAUUGCUACAACAUUUCUAGAUACAAAAGUAGAUUCGGAAACUGGAAAUCCUGUGCUGACAUGUGAUGACGGGACGGACAGAGUCUGCUUGAUGUUCAAGGAAAUCUGA